UAAUUGGAGGAUGUGUCUUCAUAUUUUGUUGUUUUAGACGUAAGUCUUUAACCCGACUGGUCAAAUUUCGUUUUACCAGAAACCAUGAUUCAAAUAUUGAAGCAUUCCUAAGAAAUCAUGGAGCCAUAGCACAGAAAAGAUACAAAUUUUCAGAAGUGAAAAAAAUGACCAAUUCAUUCAAAGUUAAACUUGGUCAAGGUGGUUUUGGUACAGUAUACGAAGGAAAACUACUAACAGGUAGCCCUGUGGCCGUAAAGUUACUGAAAGCAUCCAAAAGAAAUGGUGAAGAGUUCAUCAAUGAGGUUGCCAGCAUCAGUAGAACAUCUCAUGUUAAUAUUGUCACACUUGUUGGAUUUUGUUUGGAAGGCUCUAAAAAGGCUCUCAUCUAUGAGUUUAUGGCUAAUGGUUCUUUGGAUAAGUUCAUCUACAACAGAGGGCCAGAAAAUAUUGUAUCUUUGACCUGGGAGAAUUUAUAUCAAAUUGCCAUAGGAAUAGCUAGAGGGUUGGAGUACUUGCACAGAGGCUGCAACACUAAAAUUUUACAUUUUGACAUAAAGCCACAUAAUAUUCUUUUGGACGAGAAUUUUUGUCCUAAAAUAUCAGAUUUUGGACUAGCAAAGCUGUGUCCCAGGAAUGAAAGCAUUAUUUCUAUGUCUGAUAAAAGAGGAACAAUGGGGUAUUAUGCUCCUGAAAUGGUCAAUAGACAUUNUAAUUUAAUUUAA